GACUCGGGGACCCGGGGACCCGGAGCACCCCAGAGGCCAGUUCUUCUUGGUCGCGAGCCAAACGCCCGGAGGCUGAGGCGGAGGGCGUGGAGGAGGGAGCCUGCCCUUUAGGAUCCGACUGCUGCCCGGGCAGUCGGGGCUCGAGCAGACUUGAGAGUGGAGCGGAGGGACGAGAGGGUGGAGCGGAGUGCGUGGCGGGCGGGCGGGUCUCCCCCGAAGCUCGAGGAGGUCGCCGCGAAGCCCGAGCGCGCGCGCUUGCCUCCGGCGCGCCGAUCUGGGCUGAACUAACAAGCUCUGCUUUUGGAGAAGGGGCUGGAGCCCCGCCACCGGCGCCUUGGGGCAACGGCCGUCGAGCAGCUGGUGCUGGCCGCCCGAGCCGGGAGGGCGACUCUCGCCGGGCGGGGAUGGUGGAAGAGCCGGCGGGGACUCGCCGGCGCGCGGCCGCCACUCGGCCCGGCGCUGCCCGCCAGGGGGCGACGCCACGCGGGGUCCGCAGCCGGCGACCCGCAGCGAAGAGGCGGCGGGGGCCGUAGGGGAGCCGGUCGGGUACCCUCGGAACUCCGCCGGUCCCCAGAGUCUCCCGAGUCCACCAUCCGAGGAGUUCGGGAACGAGCGCCCCACCUUUGCUAUGUUGCCCUUUGGAGACAAAACGAGAGACAUGGUCAACGCAUGGUUUUCAGAGAGAGUUCACAACAUCCCUGUGUGCAAGGAAGGCAUUCGAGCCCAUACUGAGUCCUGCUCUUGCUCUCUGCAGCAAAGUCCUCAUGCAGAUAUUAACAAUCCUGGAGCACCAGCCAGAAAAAUCUCUGCCUCUGAAUUUGACCGACCUCUUAGACCCAUUGUUGUCAAGGAUUCCGAGGGAACCGUGAGCUUUCUCUCUGACUCAGGAAAAAAGGAACAGAUGCCACUAACCGCCCCAAGAUUUGAUAGUGAUGAAGGGGAUCAGUGCUCAAGACUCUUGGAGCUAGUAAAAGAUAUUUCCAGUCAUUUGGAUGUCACAGCCUUGUGUCACAAAAUUUUCUUGCAUAUCCAUGGACUCAUCUCUGCUGACCGCUAUUCCCUGUUCCUUGUCUGUGAGGACAGCUCUAAAGACAAAUUUCUCAUCAGCCGCCUCUUUGAUGUUGCUGAAGGUUCAACACUGGAGGAAGCUUCAAAUAAUUGUAUCCGUUUAGAGUGGAACAAAGGCAUUGUGGGACAUGUGGCAGCUUUUGGUGAGCCCUUGAACAUCAAAGAUGCCUAUGAGGAUCCCCGGUUCAAUGCAGAAGUUGACCAAAUUACAGGCUACAAGACACAAAGUAUCCUUUGUAUGCCAAUUAAGAACCACAGGGAAGAGGUCGUCGGUGUAGCUCAGGCCAUCAACAAGAAAUCAGGAAAUGGUGGGACCUUCACUGAAAAAGAUGAAAAGGACUUUGCAGCCUAUCUGGCAUUCUGUGGUAUCGUUCUUCACAAUGCUCAGCUCUAUGAAACGUCACUGCUGGAGAACAAAAGAAAUCAGGUGUUACUUGACCUUGCUAGCUUAAUUUUCGAAGAGCAGCAGUCACUAGAGGUCAUUCUGAAGAAGAUAGCUGCCACUAUCAUCUCCUUCAUGCAGGUGCAGAACUGCACCAUCUUCAUCGUGGAUGAAGACUGUCCCGACUCUUUCUCUCGUGUGUUUCACAUGGAGUGUGAGGAAGUAGAGAAAUCCUCCGAUCCGUUAUCAAGGGAGCAUGAUGCGAACAAAAUCAAUUACAUGUACGCUCAGUAUGUCAAAAACACGAUGGAGCCACUUAAUAUCCCAGACGUCACCAAGGACACAAGAUUUCCCUGGACAAAUGAAAACAUGGGACAUGUGAGCACGCACUGCAUUGGAAGCUUGCUUUGCACACCUAUAAAAAACGGGAAGAAGAACAAAGUCAUAGGCGUUUGCCAACUUGUUAAUAAGAUGGAGGAGAAUACUGGCAAGAUUAAAGCUUUCAACCAAAACGAUGAACAAUUCCUGGAAGCUUUUGUCAUCUUCUGUGGCUUGGGGAUCCAGAAUACGCAGAUGUAUGAAGCGGUGGAGAGAGCCAUGGCCAAGCAGAUGGUGACAUUAGAGGUCCUGUCUUACCAUGCUUCAGCCGCAGAGGAAGAAACAAGAGAGCUCCAGGCUUUAGCGGCUGCUGUGGUACCAUCUGCCCAAACCCUUAAAAUUACCGACUUCAGCUUCAGUGACUUUGAGCUGUCUGAUUUGGAAACAGCGCUCUGUACAAUUCGGAUGUUCACUGACCUCAACCUUGUUCAGAACUUCCAGAUGAAACAUGAGGUUCUUUGCAGAUGGAUUUUAAGUGUUAAGAAGAAUUAUCGGAAGAACGUUGCCUACCACAAUUGGAGGCAUGCCUUUAACACAGCCCAGUGCAUGUUUGCUGCUCUGAAAGCCGGCAAGAUUCAGAACAAGUUGACGGAUCUGGAGAUCCUUGCUUUGCUGAUCGCUGCUCUAAGCCAUGAUUUGGAUCAUCGUGGUGUGAACAACUCAUACAUACAGCGGAGCGAGCACCCGCUGGCCCAGCUGUACUGUCAUUCUAUCAUGGAGCACCAUCAUUUUGACCAGUGCUUGAUGAUUCUAAACAGCCCAGGCAAUCAGAUUCUCAGUGGCCUCUCCAUUGAAGAAUACAAGACCACACUGAAAAUAAUCAAGCAAGCAAUUUUAGCCACAGACCUUGCACUGUACAUUAAGAGACGAGGAGAGUUUUUUGAACUUAUACGAAAAAAUCAGUUCAGUUUUGAAGAUCCUCUUCAAAAGGAGUUGUUUCUAGCAAUGCUGAUGACUGCCUGCGAUCUCUCUGCGAUUACUAAGCCCUGGCCUAUUCAACAACGGAUAGCAGAACUCGUGGCAGCUGAAUUCUUUGAUCAAGGAGACAGAGAGAGAAAAGAACUUAACAUGGAGCCUGCUGAUCUAAUGAACAGGGAGAAGAAAAAUAAAAUCCCAAGUAUGCAAGUUGGGUUCAUAGAUGCCAUCUGCCUGCAGCUGUAUGAGGCCCUGACCCACGUAUCCGAAGACUGUUUGCCCUUGCUGGAUGGCUGCAGGAAGAACAGACAGAAAUGGCAGGCCCUGGCAGAGCAGCAUGAGAAGAUGCUCACUAAUGGGGAGAACAGCCAGGCCAAGCGGGACUGACAGCAUCCCUCGGCCCCACCCUUACCCCUUGUGCAGGCUGCCGUAAGGGCUGGUUUCGCUGUACACUAUGCAGACUUGAGUGCACUUUGGCACUGCUGUAUUUUAGUUUUGCACAACUUUUGAGCGCGUGAGGUGUUUCAGAGAUUGCUACCUACUUUUCAUACUUUUGUUUUAUGCCACUGAAGUGGAGUGAUCAGUCAUGCCCACUCUAGCGCUUUGAUAAGGAUGGUGUAAACGGCAUUCCAACACUCGGCUUAGUCAUGCUUAGGGAUUUUAAAUAACUGGCCUUUGUGUUUCUGAGUCACCUGCCUUUCAAAACACGUUAAGAAUCGUUCUCAAAAGUGGGUUAGGGGCGAACCGAAUGUGUUCGGGGACACUGAAAGCCAUCCUGAAAGUAAUGCUGACCGAGUGGAUGUUAGGAAGGAAUGAAUAUAAACUUGUCCGAAGUGUCUUAAUCAAGUUAAAGAAAAUGUGGUACCUAAUUGCUCUGCUCUUUCUGGGAUGGGGGAGAACCUGCAGUACAUCGCAUCUAUGUAGCAGAGCAAACUUAAGCUCCAGUCCAUGCAUGCAUCCGCUCUUCAGCCCCAGCCCCCCAGACCCUGCUGACUGUCCCAAGAGAGAGUGUAUGUCAGACCUGGGAGGAUCCUAGAUAGCCCUCUGCCAAGAGAAAUGUUUUACUUGAAGACCUUUCUGACAACCCACGUUUUUAAAUACUGAAAACUUUUAAAACUAUUUAUUUUUAUUUUGUUUUACUUCUCAUCUCCUUAAUUCAACAGUUUAAGUUUCAGCAGAGAAGUGGUCACAGGAGCACCUGCCUGAAGGCAGAUAUAACUACACAUACGCCAGUGCAAGUUGAGCCUUUAUCCCUUCUGUCAACUGAAAUAGACAGGAAAAAAUAUUAAUAAUUCUAUGAGUAACAAAGGUUUGUCUCCAAUAGGCAGGUCAGACAAUGAAUUCAAAGGAGCAGUGUGUGAAAAAUCUUCCUGCCCAAACAAAACAGCAUUCAGUAUUGGAAGUAGAAAAUGCAUCAAAAAAAACCCCCAAGUAACUGCAUUAGGGGAAGAGCAUCUGCUCCAGAUGUGCAGAAAUGUUUGGGUGUGGGCAGAAUUAGAAGGAUUUGAUUUAUUAGUUCCCACCCUUUUCCCACAUCCUCCCAAAGAGGGUAAAGUAUUUGGUCUGGGUUUCUAGCAUUGAUUUGCAUUAAAACAGUUUCUUUCUCCCUUUUCUCUUGGCUUAAGAUUCAAUAUGGUCAUUUUAAUCCUGUGUAUGUAUAUUUUACUGUGGCUUUGUUCUUCCUCAGAUGUGAAAAGGUGACAAAGCAAAGCAGGUUAUCCUGGCGUUGUUCUGUAUUGGUCAAGGCUAGUCCAGGGAAUUGUCGCCCAUAAUGCUAAAUGUAUUCUUGUUGUAAUACUUGUAUUUUACUUCAGAAUUUUAUUUUAUUUUUAUUUCAUGUUAUAUAGAUGAAACCUGUAAGGUUGCUCUAAUGCACUGGUGUGUAAAUGAUACAGACUGUCACUAAUAGUAAUCAUAUCAGCAUUGUAUACGCUUUCUGCAGAGUGUAGACGCACUGUUUAGAGGACGUUCUCCAAGCCUGGCGUUGUGCCCCACACACUGUGAGUGAGCAGCUGUGCUGAAAUGCAGGCAUAGACAGGUUGUAGCUUCUCCAUACUCCUCUCACUUAAGUCACUGAGAAUAUUUUUAAAGUUGAUAUUAUAUGUGGAGGAUUUGUCUAACAGAUUGACAGGCAAGAAGCCAUAUGUAGGUUGGAAAUUAUUUGGUUUAUUUUAAGUGAUGGUUUGUUUUACACUAGACAUUAUUAACAUAGGAAAAGCACUGCCACACCUGCGAUGUUUUAUUGCUGGGUAGUUUAGUUCAGACAGAGGAGAACGCUAUUUUAUUCAAAUAGUUUUUAUUUUAUAAGGAAACCAUCCCAUACAUGGAUUUCUAACUGUGGUACAAGAACACAAAUCAUAGUUUCUGUUCUGAAUGUGAAUAUUGCCUUUCUAGUGUCCACUCAAGUUAGAAUAUAUUUAUCACAUUAUAUUAUAAUUCCUCCCUCAUGUUGCCAUGAAUCGAUAGUGCCCAUAAUGAACAAGACACUGUUCUUGUCCUGGACUGUUCCUUUGACAAAUUACUUGUCUGGCUGUAGUGAAAUAAUAUGAUAUCAUGUCAUGUAAACUUUCAGCCAGAAAAAUCUCUGUUUGGUAACUUGUCUAUGAAGGUUUCUGAUCUUACACGUUUACAAGAGUCGCCUUUGCCAGUCAGGAUGCUUAACCUCUGCACCUAGGGAAGCUGUGUUCCUCAUGUAGUUAGGUUGGGAGAAAGCCUGUGUUUGAGGGGAAUGUUUCAGGAAGCAGCUAGCUCUUAGCCUUCCUUAUGGGCCUUCGAGACCACUGUCAGUAAACGGGGCACUGAGGUAACGACCUCAUGGCGCCGGUCAUUUCUUACACUGAGAUCCUCAGAUGGAAAACAAUUACUUCUAAUUCACUCCACACAGACCUGGCUCAGACCAUAAAUGUAGGAUAAUACUCUGUCACUGGUUGGCUAAUUAUGACAAAGAGCUUCUUUUAGCAGCACAUGGAGAUGAGGGCAUAUAGGAAAAUGUACUGGAAAUAUUGAUUUCUUGAAGGAACUUGAGUCACCGGAAUUCUUGCCUACCAGUUAAGUGCCUUUACUCUCAGAACGUUGCCCAAGUGUGAAGUUUGGCACCUAUUACAUUUCCAAAUUUCCUGUGUUUCUCACUAGAUUACACUCCUUAUCAGGUAAGCCGCCGGGGCCUCUUGCUUUAACCUGAUUUAAGAUGAGACGAGACAAAAUGUUCCCUGCUCUCCCAUAAGCAGCUGUCUCAAAUAAGGUGGCAGAAUUUAAUUACUCGGUAUCAACCAUGCAUCAGCCCAUUUUUUAUUAAAUCCUCUCCUUAUGUUAGGCACAGUGCUCAGAUGCUGAAGCACAGCGGGAAGUCCCAGGAGCUCAUGGGCCACACAGGAAAUGACUAAGGGCGUCAUUUCUCGUCCCAUCAACUUACCAUGCAAGCCUACAGGGCUUUCCACCACCUUCCUCUUCAUCUGUAACAUACAUACUAUGCACUUUUAUCCAAAAUUUCUUAAGAAUCCGUCAGUGAAAAUUCUGGCUUCCUGUUGGCAUGGAUCAUUUACCUUGCUGAUAGCUUAAAGAACACCUUAUGUAGGGAGUCAUACCUUCCACGACAUAGGUCAUGUUUCCAUAAUGCAGCUAGAGAGAGAGAUCAGAGUUCUCAGACUAUUCAAGUACAGAUUGGGACUCUUUCUGGCCUCUCACAGAGAGCUAAGAAGGAAGCAUUAAAGCUUACCUCACCCUUCCACAUUGUUAUCAAAAUCCUGUGUAGACAUGUCUUGAAUGUCAUUGAAAGUGAUGUAAAUAGCUGAAAAAUAUAAAUUUCUACUACAGUUUAAGAACUCUAAUGAACUAUCACUUGCCACUAUUGAUGAUCUGUUUGUAUUCUUAUGCCUUUUCAAUAUAUCUGAACAAAUAUAUAGUUUCUUGCACUAUUUUUAUACUAGCAUAAAAGAGUUACUAUGUAAAUUAUGUUUUGUUGUGAAGUCAUCUAAAAAUGGCUGAAAUGUUGGUCUCUUUCCUUUCCUCACCCCACAUUAUAAACCAUUUCCAGUGAUCCUUUGGUGAGAGUGUCACUCACCAGAAACUCACGCCCACCUGCCCGAGGGUCCACAUGAAGUCAGACCUGGCCAGGGUAUGUGUGAAGUCACCACGUUGUUUGGUUGUCAUUUUGCAGUGCUGUAAAAAUAAAGUGAAUGGACGAGAA